AUGGCCGCCAACAAUCCGGCAUGGACCGGUCGCCCUCGGAUCCGCGGCAGCACCGAGUCCAUGCGUCUGUUUCUCCUCACAUUCUCGUUAAUAGGAUUGCAGUUCUGCUGGGGAACCGAACAAACGUACGCGACGCCUUAUCUCCUCGCGCUGGGUCUAUCAAAAGGCGGGAUGAGUUUGGUGUGGAUUGCCGGACCGCUUUCGGGACUGAUCAUGCAGCCCAUCAUAGGCAUGAUCAGUGAUAAGAGCACGAGCAAGUAUGGCAGACGGAGACCGUUCAUGGUGGGUGGUACGGUCGCUGUUGCGGUGUGUUUGUUGAUAUUGGGGUGGGCUAUGGAUAUUGUGAAGUGGGCUGUGCCUGGGGAGGGGGCGGAUGUGGAGGAGAGGAGACGGCGAAUCACGGUCACGCUUGCCAUUGUGGACAUCUACGUCCUGGACUUUGUGAUCAAUAUCGCACAAGCUACGUGUCGGGCACUCGUCGUCGAUAUGCUGCCCGUCGAGAAGCAGCAGAUGGGAGCUGCAUGGGUGACGAGGAUGGUUGGGCUGGGACACAUUCUGGUCUUCGGAUUUGGUGCCCUGGAUCUGAACUACUGGCUGCCUCCCAUGUUUGGUGAUACGCAGUUCAAGAAGGUCUGCGCUUUUGCAGCUUUCAUGAUGGUCUUUACGUUUGGAGUGAAUUGCUGGGCUGUCACAGAAAAGGUCCUGGUCCCUGAUGACAGCAGUAAGACAGACGCCGAUCAGACUCUGUCAGCUAUCGUCUAUCAGAUCUAUCAUCGAGCUUUGUUCGUCCCGCAACGAAUACAGUACAUCUGCAACGUACAGUUCUGGGCAUGGAUAGGCUGGUUUCCAUUGAUGUUCUACGGCAGCACAUGGGUUGGCGAGAUCUACAUACGACAUGGACUCCACGGUACACCUCCCACAGGGGACGAUGCUCUCAGCCAGGUUGGGCGCGUCGGUAGCACAGCCUUGAUCAUCCACUCCUCGAUUGGCUUUGUCACAGCAAUAGUCGUGCCAUGGCUAGUAACCAGUCCAGGUGACAAUGCUGUAGCGCAUACCUUCACUCCACGACCACCUAAGAGCCUCGAGGGAGUUGCAAGCAAGGUCCGCUUCGUCAAGCCCAGCCUGCUCGAUGUCUGGACAUUCGGAUGCACAAUGUUCAGCUGCUGUCUGAUAUUCGCGCCUCUCGUCAAGUCUGUCGGCUUCGCUACCUUUCUCAUGGCUCUCGCUGGUGUCCCUAGCGCCAUAUCGGGGCUUGCAUGUACAACAUUGAUCGGUGUCGAGAUCAACAGACUGGGCCACACACUUCCUUCGAAUGGGGGUAAAGAAAGUCGAACGCCUCGAAGUCGACGUGCAUCAGACGACAUGGAAAUGGAAGAACCUCUUCAUCUUCGCCGCCUCUCGGAAUCUUCGGGUGGGGCUUCGCAGUCUCCCACGGGCGAAUUGAGUGGGAUAUACCUCGGAAUUCUGAAUAUCUACACAACACUGCCGCAGUUCGUGGGAACAGCGAUCAGCUGGGUGGUAUUUUCCAUUCUAGAGCCUGGCAAGAGUCCUGAGCUGGCAAAAGACGCCAGCCCAGACGAUGUGCGUCCUACUGAGGGACUGAGCGGAAUUGGAGUCUGUCUGUUCAUUGGAGCACUGAGCUCAGGAAUGGCUGCUAUCUCAACGAGGAAGCUCAAGGAGCGAUAGCACUUGUAUAGAUGUAUGUGGUUUACCUAAGAAGUGCAUGGUUUGACUAAGUAUGCCUACAAGUAUGAGUGACGUGCAGGCCUACAUGACGCG